ACUAGUAGACUUAAAAGCUAUUUGACAAUUUAUUUGUCAAUAUCCGUGAUGUUGUCAAAGUGGUCGCACUAGUGUGUGCCAAUGUCGUAGUCCGACAAAUCAGCGUACUAGUAGUCUGGCUAGAAACAUUUGUGCACUAACUCAUGCCGCUUUUGACCUACCAGCGUGCAAUUAAACAUUGCUAGAAAACUACUGUGCAGUAUUUGGCCCAACUUGUAGGCAUAUAUCAAACACUAGUAGCCUCCUUGACGCUAUAUUAAUAGCUCCAUAAGAAGUUUUGCCUCCUAGUUGUUGUAUGUGCAGAAAUGUCCUCCAUAAGUGAGACGGUGCGCCCACUUGUGUUCCCAGGUCCUAGUACAGUUCUGUGCAGUACUUGGAAUCCGUGCUGCAACGGCAUGCUUGCGUGUUUGCGCAAGUAGGUUGAAGGUCCAGAUCCCUCCUCGCACGAAUUGGGUGCAGUUGGAUAUCACCUCCUCCUCCUCCUCCUUCCCUCACUCCUCCCCCCUCCCCGGGUGAGGAAGAUGCGCGCACUCGGAGGCUUCCGCCAACCUUCGCCUGUUUCCCUCGGUCUCACCGACGCGUUGUUGUGACGCCGCCGCCGCCGCUACCGCCGGAGCGCCUCGUCGGCCGCCCGCCGCGGGUCUCCCAGGUGCUUCGCCCGCCUUCCAGCGGCUUCGACUCCCUCCCUCCCACCGCCGGCAGCUCGCUGCUUUCAGCCACCACCGCUAGCCGCGCCACCAGCAACAGCUCCUCCACCCCCGCCCCCGAAGCGAUAGCGAGGCAGAUGCCCGUCGCACUGCUGUCACCCCGGCUUCUACUAUGGUGGAGUUCCCAUCCCUGAGCCCUUACUGGCCGCUUCUUCGCUUCCUGGUGCCUCUGGCGAUCACCAAUGUUGCCAUCGACCUCGGCGAGCAGGCGCUCAACAGGGGCAUCGCCACCGUCAAGGAGGACGCGGUGGAGAUGCUGGCCAGCUACGGCUUGGCGUACUCGCUCAUGAAAUUCUUCACGGGCCCCAUGAGCGACUUCAAGAACGUGGGCCUGGUGUUCGUCAACAGCAAGCGCGACCGCCGGAAGGCCGUCAUGUGCAUGGCGGCGGCGGGCGUCAUCGCAUUCACGCUCCACAUCUUGAUAGCCUACACGGACCUGGGCUACUACAUCAUUAACAAGCUGCACCACGUGGACCAGUCCGUGGGCUACAAAACCCGCAAGGCCUUCCUCUACUUGGCCGCCUUCCCGCUACUGGACGCCAUGGCGUGGAUUCACGCCGGGAUCCUACUCAAGCACAAGUACAGCGUCAUUGUGGGCUCAGCCUCCAUCUCGGACGUCGUCGCCCAGAUCGUGUUCGUGGCCAUCCUGUUGCACAGCAACCUGGAGUGCCUGGAGCCGCUCCUCAUCCCCAUCCUCUCCCUGUACAUGGGCGCCCUGGUCCGCUUCACCAUCGUGGGCCUGGGCUACUACUGCAACAUCCACGACACCAUCCCGGACUCCAGCGGACUGGACGUCGGGGGUGACGCCACCAUCAAGAAGAUGCUGAGCUUCUGGUGGCCGCUGGCGCUGAUCUUGGCCACGCAGCGCAUCAGCCGGCCCAUCGUGAACCUCUUCGUGUCGAGGGACCUCAAGGGCACCACGAAGGCGACCGAGGCGGUGGCUGUCCUGACCGCCACGUACCCGGUGGGCCACAUGCCCUACGGCUGGUUGACCGAACUGAGAGCCGUGUAUCCCGCCUUUGACAAGAACAACCCCAGCAACAAGCUGAAUGCCGCCACUCCCGUCACCAAGUCUCACAUUAAAAGGUUUACGUUCUGCUGUCUGGCCCUCUCGCUCACGCUUUGCUUCGUGGUGUUCUGGAGCCCUCACGUCUCCGAGAAGAUCCUGGUGGACGUCAUCGGCGUGGAAUACUCCUUUGCCAUGCUCUGCGUGGUGCCCCUCCGCAUUUUCUCCUUCUUCCCGCUUCCAGUGACAGUCCGUGCGCACCUGACCGGCUGGCUGAUGACCCUGAAGAAGACGUUCGUUUUGGCCCCCAGCUCGGUGCUGCGCAUCAUCGUCCUCAUCACCAGCCUGGUGGUGCUGCCUUACAUGGGGGUUCACGGGGCCACGCUGGGGGUGGGCUCCCUCCUGGCCGGCUUCAUCGGGGAGUCCACAAUGGUCGCCAUAGCGGCCUGCUAUGUGUACCGACAACAGCGUCACACCGAGCUGUCCAACGAGCUGGUGGUAGAGGGCGAAGACUCGGCUCCCAUGAGCGAGGUGUGCUCGCGCUCGCCGAUGGACGCCAUCGAGGAGCUCCGCGAGGACGACGAGGACGAGGGCGGGCGGGAGUGAGCCAACCAGAGGACUUUUUCUUUUUCUUUUUUUGUUUUUUCUCUCUUGCUUCCCGCGAGCUGUAACACCGCGGGAAAGACGAAGGAGGAACGCGGAAUUCUCCCGACGGCCCCGCCCCAUCACCAUGACGACGCACACUGUAAACAAAGCCAUCUGAGGGUUGAUCCGAUGAUUGUACAUAGCGUCAUCGCUUCCUUCGUGUUUACCGGUAAACAAGGGAAAAAGGCAAAAGGAUAACACAGGGGGAGAAGGGAAAGCGCUUCAACAUUUGAGUGGAAAUAUAGACAUGUCGUGGGACUUUUUGCUGGGUUGUGCAAUUGUGUUUUACAUAUAUAUAUAUAUAAAAAAAAAAAAAGUGGUGUACAGACGAUCGUUUUUCUAAAGUGUAUAUUUGACCGAGAAGAGGGGUCGGGAAUCCCUCGUUAAUAUCAUCAUUACCAUCACAUGACGUAUUCACUUCCACGCAGUCUGACCUGCUUGUGUUUGGCCAAUCUUCUUCUUCAUGUGCUGUAUAUACUGUACAGACAUUCUUAUUUGGCAAAUAAAUUGCUUUAUUAUUAAGCCGCCGUCACCGCUUGUCGUCUUUGGUUGCUUUGAACUUGAGGUUCGGGGUUCUUUUCGAAUCAAUUUUUACCAUCUACCGUGAUAACAUUUUCACGCGGCCAGAUACGUAAAUAUAAAUAUCAAUAACAUCAUAUUUAGCAUCUACGACUUGGCUUUUGCCAUCCGGCACGCACUGCAAAAGAGGACAGCCAAGGUGACAGCGAUAUUGUUUGAUCUAAUAUUUAUGUAGUUCUGCUAUUUUUCAUGUUUUACUGUGUAUUUU